CACACACACACACACCGUGCAGCUCUCCAGCAGGAAACAGAAAACCGUCGCUGGACUCGGAUCUGCUUCAUUUCAGGGAGAACAGAGACUGAACCGAGACAAACCGGGACAGACCGGACCUAACCGGGACUGAAACCGAGCCGCUGCAGCCCGGUGCAUCAGGCGGCAGGUGUGUCCGGUGGAGCGGGUCUGUUGCCGGGGUAACGGGUCGGUUCUGCUGCUGGAGGACAAAACGUGACGUGAAUCAAAGCGGAUCGAUGAUCUGACAGCAGGAGACGAUCAGGAUGAUGAUGAACUCGUCAGAGAAGAUGAAGAAGAAACCUCCGAAGGAUAGUCUGACUCUGCUGCCAUGUUUCUACUUUGUCGAACUGCCCAUCGUGGCUUCUUCUAUGGUGUCUCUGUACUUCCUGGAGCUGACCGACGUGCUGCAGCCGGCGCAGGUCGGCUUCCGCUGCCACGACCGCGACCUCAGCAUGCCGUACGUGGACGGAGGAGAUGAACUCAUCCCGCUGCUGAUGCUGCUGAGCCUCGCCUUCGCAGGACCUGCCGCCUCAAUCAUGUUGGUGGAGGGUUUGAUCUACUGCCUGCAGUCCAGACUGAAGCUGCGCCGAGCCGAAGGAAGCAUCAACGCUGGAGGCUGCAACUUCAACUCCUUCCUGAGGAGGACGGUGCGCUUCGUAGGUGUGCAUGUGUUCGGUCUGUGUGCGACGGCUCUGGUCACUGACAUCAUCCAGCUGUCGACAGGUUACCACGCUCCGUUCUUCCUCACCGUCUGUAAACCAAACUACACUCAGGCCGGAGUCUCCUGUGACAAGAACCCCUACAUCACAAAAGACAUCUGCUCCGGACAUGACCAGCACGCCAUCAUGGCCGCCAGGAAAACUUUCCCUUCCCAGCAUGCAACGCUGUCGGCCUUCGCUGCUGUGUAUGUCUCUAUGUAUUUUAACUCGACCAUCUCCGACAGCACUAAGCUGCUGAAGCCCGUCCUGGUGUUUGCGUUCGCCAUUGCAGCGGCGCUGACGGGUCUGACUCAGAUCACGCAGCAUCGCAGUCAUCCCAUCGACGUCUACGUGGGCUUCCUCAUCGGAGCGUUCAUUGCUGCCUACCUGGCGUUUCACGCUGUGGCCAACUUCAGGUCCUCUGAUGACAUCACUGUGGCCCCGCCUCCUCCGCCCCCGAAGGAGGACCCUCUGCGAGCGCUGACGGAGCGAGGACACGAGUCUGUCUACAACAAAGGCCCCGCCUCCGCCUCCGAGAGUAACGAUGAGAUAGCGGCAGCUCCGGCCCCCAGGGACCGGAUGGAGGGCCUGGGACCCCUGCAGAGGGAGAAGACCUCCAUGGGGAGCCUGAAGAGAGCCAGUGUGGACGUGGAGCUGCUGGCCCCUCGUAGCCCCAUGGGGAAGGAGACCAUGGUGACCUUCAGCAACACUCUGCCGCGAGCGAGCAUGAACGUCAACGGGGUGCUGGGCGCCAACGAUGGGCCGGAGGAUCUGGUCCAGCCGGUUCAGCCGGUCCAGCCGGUCCAGAGGCGUCUGAAGGCGGUCCAGGUCCCGAUGGACCCCCUGCGGUCUCAGCAGCUGGUGUCAGAGUGGAAGCAGAAGUCGAUGGAGAUGCGUGGCCUGAGCGUGCGGGACGAGGCGGAGCGCGAGGCCAGCGAGGACGGCUCGGAGGGGGGCUCUGUGGUGACGGACGACGGGGGGUCUCAGGCACCCAUCUACCAGCCCGCAGUGCAGUCUGGGAGGACCGUCUCUAAUCGUAACCCUACUCCACCUCCAGGGGGAGCCAAAGUGGUGGCGACUCCCAGACCGCCUCAGAUCCCUGAAGCAGGACCACCGCCGGUCUCCCCAAAGAGUGCGCUGACCCGUGCCAAGUGGCUCGCCAUCCGAGAGAAGACCAGCGGGGACGGGUCAUCCCGCACCGCCAACCAGCCCCGACUCAUGCAGGUCAUCGCCAUGACGAAGCAGCAGGGCCUCCUCCCCUCAUCUUCCUCUGGGGAGAGGUCGUCUGAGACCACCUCCACCUGCUCCGGUUCCUCCUCCACUGACUCGCCGCACUACCGCCCCACCGAGCAGCCUCGGGAGGGCUCGGGUAUCGUCACCGUGGACGCCCACGCCCCCCACCACCCUGUAGUCCAAGCCCCGCCCCCUCCUCAAGCCCCACCCUUGGCUGGUAAUGGUAACCCAUGGGAGUGGGCAGGGUCUAAUGGGGGCGACCCGCGAGACACCUACGACCUGAACAGCCUCCACCGGGGAGACUCAGCGGCCCGCGGCAGCAGCUUCCGGCCGCACCGAUCCGCCUCGCCAUGUGCCGCCAUGGAGCUCGACCCGGCCCUGCCCCCGCCUCACGCACAGGUGGAGUUGUCUGCGGACGCACAGCGAAGGGAAAUGGCCAUGAGACGCAAGACAGCGCUCGUUCUUUUGGAUCGAGAGAUUCGUAACCAGACUGAGCAGGAGAACUAUUAUAAGAGUCUGCAGGGACGCCGGUUCAAGGACUAGUCUCUCACCUUUCAAAACAAACGCCUUACUUUGACACUAACAGCUUGGCACCUGGACCACCGGAGGACCGCGUUCAUAUGCAUUUACUGAGCUUAAUGAGAUGGAAAGUUGGAGCGGCGAGAGUCUGAUGCUCGGUGGCUCAACAGGAAACAUGUUUUAUCUGCAGAAACAACAACAGAUUAUCUCAGCAUCACACUGCUGCUGCUUUCAGUCACACAUUCUCAAUAACACACAUAGGUCCACCUGGAAUCACCAAACUCUAUAUACUGCAGGAACUUAAAGGAUAUGUCUGGUCAAGUCAAGUCAAUUUUAUUUAUAAAGCGCCAAAUCCCAACGGAGGUUAUCUCAGGGCACUUUUCACAU